AGAGAGAUGGAGAGAGGGGCUGGAGGGGCACUUUGCGCUCGCGCCGAUGCUCGUUUAAAUACAUAACCUUCGCGGAGAGGUCCCCCCGGGUUUCUGCACCAUUUUGGCGGCAAAACUCACCUGUCCGGCAGUUACACUCCUUAUACCACUGCGACUAGUGCGAAAGAAGAGACCGUUGGAGGAAAGGAGUCUUGUCAGUCCUCGAUGAGUGAAACAUCAUGUUCGUGAAGAAUCUUCAGAAUGACUUUUACAACGUGAUACACGGAAAACAAUGUCUCAUUCUGGUUAACUUCGAUGUCGAUGCUAUCUGUGCCUCCAAGAUCCUCCAAGCCCUGUUCAAAAAUGACAACAUCGUGUACACACUUGUUCCCAUUCAAGGAGUCAAGGAGAUGGUUCGGGCAUAUCAGGAAAAUGCCGAUGAGAUAGAAUUUGUCAUCAUGAUCAAUUGUGGAGCCACGCUUGAUAUAGUAGACAUGCUCCAACCUGAGGAAAAAGUCAUAUUUUUCAUCCUUGAUAGCCACAGACCAUACGAUUUAUGCAAUGUCUACAACGAAACACAAGUGCAAAUUCUUGGGAAUCUAAAUCCGGAUGAGGAAAUACCGGAAUACAAUGAUGUUUUCAAUGAUGAAUCUUCGGAUGAGGAACAAGAGGAUGAAAUCUCCGAUGGGGAGGAUGAAUCGAAUCAAGCUAAGAGAAGGAGAUUGAAUGAAGCUAGAAUUCUAAAGAAAAGAAAGAGGAGAGAGUGGGAAGAGAAGAGGGACGAGAUUCUGUUUAAUUAUACUCAAUACAGCUAUUAUGGCAAAUCAAGCGCCGUAGUAGCUUACGAAAUGACAUGGCAGAUGUCAAGGGAUAACUUGGAUAUGGUUUGGUGGGCCAUUAUUGGAUCUACUGAACAAGCUAUUUUAAGCAAAGUAGAAUCCAGCACUAGUGUCUUGGUGGCUGGUGAUCUGCAAAGUCAUGUUGCAAGAUUAAGUCAUAACAGAGGAGGUGAUGCUGAACAACUGAGUGCCAUUAAAGUUACGUAUGAUAAAGAUCUUCAAUUAGCUUUAUACCGACACUGGACAGUUGAAGAUAGCUUCAGACAUUCAAUUCCAACAGCAGUUGCUCUGCGAUUAUGGUCUAUCAAAGGAGAGCAGAGAUUGAGAGAAUUCUUGGCUGAAAUGGGACUUCCUCUUGCUCAGUCAAGACAACGAUUUUCAGCAAUGGAUCUUAAUCUACGUCAAGAGUUUAGAGGAAUGGUGGAAAAAUUGGCCAACAAGUACAGAAUCAGCAGCAUUGUCGGCGCUAAUUUCACGAUGCAAUAUGGAUAUCGAUUCAAAUAUUGCGCCACUGACAUUGUGUAUUCAAUGUUGGCAAUUUUAGAAUCCACGACCAGAGAUAGACCACCGCAGCUGUGCUUUUUGGAGGCGUCCGAUUGUCUUACGCAUUCGAAUAAGGACUUGCUCGACAGAGGCAUAGAAAAAGCCAAAAACGUACUUGUACAUAUUUAUAAAACCGCCCAAAGCAUCUUGGAACUAAAACAAGUCAUAAAUGCUGGUACAUUUCUUUAUGUUGUUUUGGCGGACAGUAUUAUGAAUAGUCAUAUGUUCUGUCACCCUCACAUUCUGAUAAUAUUGGCUCAGUUUAUCUUGAAAGCAUAUGUUGAAUCAUCGAGAAAUAAACGUGCGGCUACCUGGCCUCUCGUUGCCUCAGCUACGUACAGCGAAGAAGAUGGAACAUGCCUUAUCGUUGGUAUACCCCCGGUAUCUGAAGAGCAACCUAGGAGCUUAUUUGGUCGAGCUUUUGAACAAGCAGCUAAAAACACAAACUCAUACAUCGAGGCAGACUAUUUUGAUUCUACAAUUGCAAGACUGAAAAUUGAAGGUAGGCUUAAAUUCUUCGAUGCCUUGGCAGCACUACUAGUAUAGUCAUAAUAGUUUUUUUAAACGCAAGUGUUGAAGCACAAGUUUUAUUUUUAAACUAUUCCGAGUGAAAGGAUGUGAUGCAUCAAGUAACAUUUUUACGAUCUGAAUGACAUAAGCGAGCAUAAAUGUAAGUUUCAAUAUCGUUUUUUAAGUUUUUUUUUUAAUCUAUGAAGCAGAAACUACUUGCACUUUUGCAACUUCACUUUUUACCAGUUUGAAUUAAAUGCAAUUUUAAAAUCACCUUUAAUGCGCCUGCAUCAAACGAAAACGUGGAUCCCUCGGUAAGAAUCUUAUAUGAUAUAAAAAAAAUGUUUUCUACCCUGUGGCGCAGUCAAAAUAAUCGAAUCAUAAUGUUGUAUAUAUCAUUGUUAUAAUUAUGUUGCUAAGCAAAUCGUACCGCAUAAAAUUCAAUGCGUCACAGCGUGAUGUUAUUUUUUCGUACUGACUGAAUCAAUUAUGUAAGGUAUCAUUACUUAAGGUAAAAUAAAAUUCAAUUAUGUUAUUAUCGA